AUGAAUACAAGCAUUGAUCACCUAGUGACCACUGAUUCUCAAUCAGGUCUUAUAGUAACUCGUGGUAUACCACUUUCUUCAUUUACAUCUACAGAUGCAUCUAUUCUUGAUCUUAGUCAACGAUUAAUUAUUAUUGAUAAUUGGAGAAAAAAUUCAACAUGUAUUUAUACAGAUUCAAUUGAUGAUGAUGAAUUUAAUAGGAUAACAAUAGAAAAUAAAGACAAUAAUAAUUUAAAUAUUGAAUAUUCAUUAACUGAUCAAUUAACACAUAAUUUAAUAAAAGAAAAUUCAUUGUCAGAUAAUACAAAACAAUCACAAAUUGAUCUUUAUUGUUCAAAGAAAAAAUCCAAUUUAUCAACAUCUCGUAUUGUUAUACAUGAACUUGAACCUUCUUCUUCUUCUCAUUUAUCAUCAUCCAAUUUUCUUUGGUCAAACUAUUUUUCAUUAGUUAAUGAACGAUCUGUAUCCGAAGAAUUUUUUGAUCAUUAUUUAGCAUCAAUUCAAUCCGGUUUUGAAAUCAAUAUGAAACUUGAAUAUUGUUAUGAUAGUCAACAUGAUUUAUAUUGGUUAACACAAAUACAAUUAGUUUCUCAUAGUUUAAUUCGUUUACAUUAUGUUGGUUUACCUGAAGAUGAUACUUCAAAUGAUUUUUGGACAUAUAUUUAUGAACAACGUUGUCAUCCAAUUGGUUGGUGUAAAGAAAAUAGUAAAUUAAUGUUACCACCACCAAUUGUAACUAGACGAGCUAUUCAACAAGCAGCAUUAAAUAAUAAUAAUAAUAUUACUUCGAAUGGAAGUGAUAAACAAUCGAUAAUUAUUAAAGGAGAAAAUGAAGAUAGUUAUGAAACACCACCUGCUUAUUUAUUUGAUAAAGAAAUUGGUUUAACACCUGUUGAACAAUUAAAAACCGGUAUGAUACUUGAAUUACAAGAUAUUAAUCGUCCAUGGACUUUAUGGUUUGUACGAAUAAUAAGUAAUCAAGGUGGACGUUUACAUCUUCGCUAUAUUACUAAAACAAUAGAUAAUGAACAAGAAGAUUGGGAUAUUCAUCUAUUUUAUCUUGAUUAUCGUGUUCAUCCUAUUGGCUGGACUUCAAAUAAUUCAUUAAUUUAUUCAUAUGAUAUUCCAACAUGUUUACAAGUAACGAAUGAUAAACAAUUAAUAAUUGAAAUGUGUUUAACACAAUCAAAAACUCAAUUUUUUCCACCAAAUUUAUUUAAAGAACAACAAGAAAUACUCAAACAUCGUUUUACUGAAGGAAUGAAAUUAGAAAUAUUUGAUGGUAAACGACAAAAUGUUUAUAUUGGACGUAUAGGUCAUAUUCAUAAUGAAUAUUAUUUUGAUAUUAUUAUUGAUAAUGAUAAUGAAAAUGAAUUAUCAUUUGUUUCCUAUUCAACUGAUCCACAUAUAUUACCACCACAUUGGGCAGCUGAACAUAAACUUGCAUUAAUGAAUGGGAAAUCAAUUCGUCAAUCAGAAGAGUAUUGGAAUGUUUAUACAGAAAAAAAUGGUAUAAGUGAUUUAGCAUCUGAACGAUGUUUUAAUUUAAUAACUUUGAAUGUCUCAGGAAAUAUUCGUGUUGAACCUGGAAUGAAAAUGGAAAUGAUUUAUACAUUGAAUAAUAAAGAUUUAGUUUUUUCUGUAACACUUAUUCAUAUUAUUGAUCAUUUUAUGUGGUUAAGAAUUGAUGAUACAAAUUUAUUAAAUGAUGAUGAACAUUUAUAUUAUCAUGUUUUACCAAUUAAUUCAUUAGAUGUUUUUCCAGUUGGAUGGGCUAAAUUUAAUGGAUUUCAAUUAAUAAAUCCAAUUGAAUAUAAAAUGAAAAUAAAAACAUAUGAACAAGAUCGAUAUGAAUUAUUUUCAUCAGUCACUCAUUAUCCAAAAAUUCCUCGUGUAUAUUUAAAUGAAGUAUAUCUAUUAACAAUCUAUGUUAAUAUUCGAUGUUUUUCUGGUCCACAUAUUUGCUCAUCUCGUCUUGCUCGUUUACCUUCAAAAUUUGGUCCAGGACCUUAUCGUCAUGUUCUCAUUGAUAUGCUUCAUCAUCUUCUAUCAAUAUUAUCAACAAAUGCUCAUCGUGCAUUACGUCGAUUAGAUCAUCAAAUAAAUUCAAAACUUAAAACUGAAAAUAUAAAAUCAGCUAAGAAAUCUUCGAAAUUAAUUCGUCCUAUAUCAAUACCAAUUGAACCUUGUUCUGUCUAUCAUUAUCUUCGUCAUAUAUGUACACAAUUAGAAGCUUGUCCAAAUCUUCUUAGUAUAAAACAUAUUGAUAAUCAUUGUCCAGAUAAAUGUCAUAUAUUAUCAAAUACUUUUACUUUUUCAACUCAUUCAAAACAUAAACGUACUCAAUUACGUGUCGCACAAAAUCGAUAUCGUAAACAAAAAUCUUUAUUAUGUCAUUUAAAAAGUAAAACAAUAUCCACAAAUGUGCCAAGUCCUACUAUUGAACAAUUACCAUUAACAGAAAUUGCUAAUACAAAUGAUGUAUUACCAAUUACUACUGUCCCAGUAUCAUAUCCAGGAAGUGAUCGACAAACACGUGGAUUUCGUUUUCAUAUCGAACGAAAAACGCAUAAAAUAACAAGAACAAAUAAAAAACAAGACGUAAUAACUAAUGAACAAGAACCAAUUGAAACUAAUCAUUUAAUAUCAGAAGCUUCAUCUUCAUCAUCAUCAACAAAUGCUCCAAUUAAAGAAUCAAAACGUUUGCGUGUAUCAAAGAAAAAACGUCCGUUAUCUUCACCAUUAACAUUAGAUGUUCUUAAUUCAUAUGAUAAUUCUCCAUCAUCACCUAAUAAUACAAAGAAAAAACGACGUCUAUAUACGAAAUCUCAAACACCGAAAGUUGAAAUUCAACAACCAUCAUCUAUUCGAUCAAUACCCUAUCCAAUACCACCACCUAUUGAUCCACGUAAUCCAAUAACAUGGAAUGUGAAUGAUGUUUGUUGGUAUUUAAAUGAAUCUGGAUGUUCAUUUGCAUUAAAAACAAUUAAAGAACAAGAAAUCGAUGGUUCUGCUCUUCUUCUCCUUGAUGACUUAAAUACUGUUCAAGAUUUAUUAGAAUUUAAAUUAGGUCCAGCUGUUAAAUUUUGUCAUGUUGUUGAACAACUUCGUAAUCAAGUUCUUGAUACAUUUCAUUCAUCACCAUCAUUAAAAACUUCUUCUUCUUCUUCUUCUCGAUUACCAACAAAUUAA